UCUGAUUCUCCCCGCGCUCUCAUGCUUUCCCCGGACUCGCAGUCCAUCUCUCCAAGAUGUAGCGACUCGACACUCGGAGAGCCUCUAAGGCUACUCGUCACUUCUUGUUACCUCCAUAUUGAAGCAAUCCACGAUGGCACCUUCCACGCCAGCUCCCUUCUCCGAACCACUCCUCCCGCAACUCGAUCUACCCACCAACCCCUACUGGACCGAGAAGCAUCACAGGCUAAGAGCCUUUGUACGCAACUUUGUGGAGACCGAGCUCGCACCGCACGCACAAGAGUGGGAAGUUGCUGGACAAGUCCCCGAAGAAGUCCGCCUACGGUACUGUCAGCUUGGUUUCUCGAUAGUAAAUCCGGUCAUCGACCCAGCUGAUGCGGGCGGUCUUCAACAUCCAGCCGGUAUACCCUUCGGCGAAUGGGAUACGUGGUGCUCCGUCAUAGUCAGCGACGAGCUCAACCGACUCGGCUGGUGCGGACCCACUUGGGGGUUGAGUGGUGGUAAUGGCAUCGGGGCUCCUCCCAUCACUCGAUUUGGUACGAAAGAACAAAGACAGAGAUGGCUACCUAAGAUUGCAAGAGGAGAGUUGAGAUUUUGUCUCGGUAUCACUGAGCCAGACGGAGGAAGUGACGUUGCCAACAUAAAGACCACGGCUGAGCGAUCAGGGUCGAUAUAUCGUGUCUCGGGUCAAAAGAAGUGGAUUACGAACGGCAUAUGGGCUGACUAUUGCACGGCCGCCGUCAGGACUGGAGGACCAGGACACGGCGGAAUUAGCUUGCUGGUUAUACCUUUGAAGGCGGAGGGCGUCACGUUGAGGAGGAUAGACAAUCAGGGUGUCCAUGCUAGUGGCUCUACCUUUAUCGACUUUGAUGAUGUCGAAGUCCCAGUCGACAACCUCAUCGGCAAGGAAGGCGAAGGGUUCCGAUUGAUCAUGUCGAAUUUCAAUCCGGAACGACUGACUCUAGCAACGGCCGCGAUCAGACUUGCCCGCGUCUGUGCUCAAGAUGCAUACAGUUAUGCUUGUGAAAGGGAGACCUUCGGCAAACCCCUAAUUGAGCAUUCACCGAUCAAAUCCAAGAUUGCCAGUUUCGGACUUCUCAUCGAACCUGCUCAGGCCUUUCUAGAUCAACUCUGCUAUGUCAUCGAAACCUCCCGGGUCACAGGCAAAGAGGUCAACGUCGGAGGAAUGACAGCAUUGCUCAAGGUGAUAAGCACGAGAUGUCUCGAACGUGUCUGCCGCGAAGCACAACAGAUAUUGGGUGGGGCGGGAUACACCAAGACCGGGAAAGGCGCUCGCAUUGAACAGAUCAGCCGUGACGUACGAGUUCAUGUUGUAGGUGGCGGUAGUGAAGAGAUCAUGCUUGACCUUGCCGUGCGUCAAGAGGCUCGAGAUGUGAAGUUGAGAGCUAGCAAGCUUGCAGCGUCGAAGUUGUAGAGACUUAG